AUGUUCUGUUUUGAAACCUCGGUGUUUCAGCGGCGUCAAGACGGCUCCGUUGACUUUUACCGUGACUGGGUGAGCUACCGCCAGGGGUUCGGUGAUCUGAACGGCGAGUUCUGGCUCGGCAAUGACAACCUGCAUCGACUCACCGCUCAGGGCGCGUACCGACUGCGUGUCGAUCUCGAGGACUUCGAGAACAACACUGCGUAUGCCAAGUACGACAUGUUUCGUGUUGCUGAUGGGAGUGACAACUACCGAUUCACUGUGCAAGGCUUUUCGGGAACGGCUGGUGAUUCAUUGUCCAGUUACAGUAACAGUCCCUUUACUACCAAAGACCGCGACAACGACUCUUACGGUCCUAACUGUGCCGUAGCAUUCACCGGCGCCUGGUGGUACACAAGCUGUCACUCCUCCAAUCUGAAUGGCCUGUACCUCAGUGGGGAGACGGAUGUCUACGCCAAGGGCGUAGUUUGGCGAUAUUGGAAGGGGUAUUACUACUCGCUGAAACGUACUGAGAUGAAAAUCAAGGCAGCUAACAAUUAGUUUUAUGGGCUUUGUAUAUUGGUUGAUUUGUUCUUGUCGAAACCCUUAAGUUAGUAACUUAGAUGAUAUUUCGUUCAUCAGACCAAUAAGGCUGCGAGGCAGGUUUAGGCUGGAUGAUCUCUCCGCAGUCAUGCAUUUUACUUUUUCUUUACGCCUACAUUAUGUUUCUUUAUUUCCUUUUCUAUUUCCCCUUUUUUCUUUGCAUUUAUAUUUCAACACAAAGACAAUAAUUUAU